AUGGCUUUUGAGCAAAAACAUGGGAUCGCAACCAAGGUGGAGUUCACCAACGCUAAAUCCACCACCUUGGAUCCUGAUUUCGCCAGCUUUGAGUAUUGCUUCCUGAAGUCUGUAAAUCGAACCUAUAAGUACUUGUCCGUAAAAGUGAACCUGCACAAAACGUCCGUUACCAAAGUUAAUGUUAAUGUAGCCAUUUUUAAGAGAUACAAUGGAUACAAACCGUUUUUCUAUAACGUCACUGUGGACGCCUGUAAAUUUCUGGUCCGUGAAAAACCAGAUCCCAUCGCCACUUACCUUUACAGCAUGUUCAAAAGUUACUCCAAUAUGAAUCACUCUUGUCCCUUUGAUAAUGAUAUUUUGGUGGAAAAAUUGCCAAUCGGCUUUAUCAAUCAACAGGUUACGGAAGUCUUACCUGUGCCCCAUGGGGAUUACCUUUUCCAUUCCAACUGGCUGGCUUAUGAUAUAAACCGUGCUACUGUCAGCGUAUACUUUACCAUUUCCUAA